AUGGCGCCCUCUCAUGCGCUGAGGUGCUGCAAACGGGCUCUGAACUGGGUACCUGUCCUGUUUAUUAACCUGGUCGUCGGCUGGUCUUAUUACGCGUAUGUCGUGGAGCUAUGUGUGUAUACAAUCACAAACAAUGCAGAACGAAUCAGCUACUUGGUCAUCUUUCACAUUUUCCUCGCCAUGUUUAUUUGGUCUUACUGGAAAACUAUCUGGUCCACACCAGCCAGCCCCUCAAAAGCCUUCAGUCUGCCCAGAGCAGAGAAGGAGCAGUACGAGAGAGAGGAGCGAGCCGAGGUGCAACAAGAGAUUCUGAAGAAAGUGGCGAGGAAUUUACCCGUGUAUACGCGCACGGCAGGGGGAGCCAUCCGAUACUGUGACACCUGCCAGUUAAUCAAACCUGACCGCUGCCAUCACUGCUCAACUUGUGAAAUGUGUGUGCUAAAAAUGGACCAUCACUGCCCCUGGGUGAACAACUGUGUUGGAUUCUCAAAUUACAAAUACUUUGUCUUGUUUUUGGCCUACGCGUCACUCUACUGUGUAGUAAUUUGUGCUACAGUCAUCCAGUAUUUCAUCAAAUUCUGGACUAAACAGUUGCUUGACACGCACGCGAAAUUCCACAUCUUGUUUCUAUUUUUUGUGGCGGCCCUGUUCUUCAUCAGCAUCCUGUCACUUCUCAGCUACCAUCUAUGGCUUGUGGGAAAGAACAGGACCACUAUAGAGGCUUUUAGGGCUCCUGUCUUCGCAAAUGGCCCAGACAAAAAUGGGUUUUCACUUGGCUUUAGCAGAAAUGUAGCCGAGGUGUUUGGAGACCAAGCAAAGUACUGGAUAUUUCCUGUUUUCUCAAGUCUGGGAGAUGGACAUUCCUUUGUAACAAGAUUGGUACAAAUAGAUCCUGAACAAGCAAACAGUGUCCUCCAGCAAAAUGGGAAAAGCCCUGCUGAUGGGGAGACCAACCCUUGUGCGAUUGGUAACAACAUACAACACACAGUGGACAACGCCAAAGAGAAAAUCGAUGGAGGCCAGGUAGUCUCUGUGACAAUGGAGAGUGAGCCAUAGCAGGUACAUCAGUAAAGAGCUUUGAUUAUGACGCCUUAAAUCGGGAGCAUCAGCACCUCCACAGGAGCCAUCCUCCACCCUCAUUUUGACUUGGUGCAGCCUCGUGUUUUGUAUGUACAUUAAACACAUUGUCCUUCAUCUAGUGUGCUUUAAACAAAUACUGUUAUCGUGUCAACUGAGACUGUACAGGGACCUCAUAGACCAAAGCAGGUCAUUCAGAGGUGAUUCAGAGGUUUUGUCUUUGUUUUGAGCCAAAGACAUUCAAAUAAUGUUUUAUUAUUAUUGUUGCAUCUGGAAAAACUCUGGGACAGCUUUUAUCCCCCCUCAAGCCGAUGUACAUCUACAUUGUCUGCAUUUAUCUACAUGGAUUAAUCACAUCAUAGAUUUCAACAAGAGAAUCAUCCUUUGUCAGUAUUAAUCAAGCAUUAAUGACUAAUGACUAAGCCUUGAAUCUGACUAUGAUUGAUGCAGAGCAGUGGGAACCACUAAAGCAAGAUUUGUGUAACUCAUAUGAAAUGGUGAGACAUUUCAGUACUGUCGAUAGCGUGUGCAAUAUGUCUUAUCAGUUUUUAACUCCAAGCACAGUGCAAUUAUUGAGACCAGUAGUUAUUUAUCAAAGGGUCUAAUUUAGUUUACAUGGUUGAAAAGAUUUAAUGGUCUUUCUGUUUACACUUUUAAGAUGUUAUUUUUGCAUUUCAAAUUUUAUACGAUGGGUAAACAUAGAGGUGACAUAAGCUUAAGAUGUAUGGACCAAAUCCAGUUCAACUGCAGUUAAAACCAUUUCUCAGUAAUUAAGCCACAUAACCAAUAGAUAACCUACUGUAUAAUGCAAUCCUGUAAUUAUCAAUGACAUUGCCAUUUUUCAUUGCACUAUAAAUAUUUGUAAUUUAUUUGUUGUCAAGCUUUUAUAAAUUAAUUGCAUUGUCUUUCCAUGUAUAUUGAUUUUAUUUAUUUAUAUUUAUUUCCUUUUUUUUUUUUAAAGAUACUUUUACUAUAUUAUAGAUGACCAGGUUUGUCUUAAUUCCAUGGAACAUUUUCACAUUUAUGAUCAAUCCUUUGCUUUGCAUUUUUAUAAAAUGAAUCAGUCCUGAGUGUUAAUGCCAAGGAUCAAGGCUUAAAUUUGUGUUCUUUCCAUUUGUUUUUCCAGUUUGAUGAUAAGAUUUAUUUGAAAGCUUGGAAAGCAAAGAGCAUAAAGUGAAACCACAACUUAAAAAAACGAACAAAGAAAAAAGCACCAGAACAGGACAGAUGAGGUGGACUUCAUAUACCUGUGUCGUCAUAAAUGCUCCUCUGUGUGCUCUGGCAGCUGUUUCAUUACAUUACACUCCUUUUCAGUGGAAACAAUGCACAGUACAGUGUGGGAUUUGUCUGAGUGAUCAGCAGAUAACAAUUAUGUGUAGAUAUUACUGACUGAGUGGUAGCCCAUGUGAAUGUACUCACAGUAGUUUAAUCACUAAUUUCACUGACUGAACUUGGCUAAAAACACCGCCAGGCAGCUAGAGCUGAUGCUGUAGUUCGGCCUGUAAAGAGCUGCUUUUUUCUUUGUUUUUGUGAGAAAAUUAUUCAUGCAGGGUGAUCUUCAUUGUUCUGUAACAAUAAAUGUAAGAAACUAUAUAAAGUGUGAUUCUUCAUCUUAAA